AUGGCCUACCAGAAGCGUCCUACCUCCAGCUACCAGCCUUGCGAUACUUUCUUCGUGGAAUCGUAUGACGAUUUCCCUGCACCUCGCAUGGACCCGAAGGAGCAUGCCAAGUUGAUCGCUCGCGAGCGUCAGUAUGCCAUUGCCGACGAGCUGUCCAGAGUGGCCAGCGAGGAGUUGCGUGAUGACAUUCUGUCGCACAUGCUGGACAUGGAUGCUACCACGCUUCCUGACGUCGAAUCCAUCGAUAUUCAAACCGAGAUCCAAUGGUUCAUGCGCCCCUACCUGCUGGACUUCCUCAUCGAAGCCCACACCGCCUUCCAGCUCCUUCCCUCGACGCUGUUCUUGACCAUCAACCUCCUUGAUCGAUACUGUUCCAAGCGUGUCGUCUACAAGAGGCACUACCAGCUGGUCGGAUGUGCUGCUUUGCUCAUUGCGGCCAAGUAUGGUGACAAGAAGGACCGCGUGCCCACCAUCAAGGAGCUGAAGUCGAUGUGCUGCUCCCUGUAUGAUGACGAUAUGUUCGUUCAGAUGGAGUGGCAUGUUCUGCAGACUCUGGGCUGGACCAUUGGACACCCCACCGUGGACAGCUUCCUUCAGGUUGCCGUCCUGGAUACCCCUUACGACCCUGAGGUCGAGCACAUGGCUUUGUACAUCUCGGAGAUCUCCCUGUUCCACCGGGAAUUUGUCUCGAAGCCAUCGUCGGACCUCGCCCGGGCCUCGUUGGCGCUCUCCCGUUGCAUUCUCAACCGGCCGCAGCCCCGCCACACGGAAUGGGCCUCGCAAUACGACUCCAUGACCCUGGUGGGCCUGUCCCAACAGCUUCACCAGCCUUCUCAGGUGCUAUCUAGGAAGUACUCGUCGACGCACUACUCUCGGGUCGCCAAGAUCCUGGAGCAGUUCCUGGCCCGCCAGGCUUCCAUCGCGAGCUACACUCCUCCGAGCCCUCCUUCGGACGUCACUACGGAGUCCAAGCCGUAUGAGGGUGAAAUGGGUCUUGCUACCCCCCAGAAGGCGCACCCUUCGAGCAUGCCCCAUGGCUAUAUCACGCCGCCAAUCACACCGGAGACCGAGGCCUACGCCAACGGCGCUAACCCCCACUUCGUCAAGGGGGUCGCUGGCACCAGUGCCUGCUCCCCGUCUCCCACUCCUCCCCCUAGCAUGCAGUAUGUGAGCUCUCAGGUCUAUCAGCCGGAGGCCACAUUUACUCAACCACAACAAUUCCUUCAACCUCAGAUGGGAUUCAGCACUGGUUACUGA